AUGGUGGCCAGUCAGUGCCUGGCCAUGGGCAAUGGUUCAAUAAAAGCCCCACGGGCUGAGGAGAACAGCUGCCUGGCCUCCAUCCGCACAGAUCCUCCUGGGCUGUAUACAGAUUCCCUCAGGUUGCGCAUUACCCACCUAGAAGCGGAGCUGGCACAUCGGGACCAAGAAUUUCUAGCCCAGGAGCUUCAGUUACAACAUCUUCAGAGGGAACUGGAUGCCAAGGUCUCUCAGAUUGACAAGCUCCAGGAUGCUAUCGGCUACAACAAUAUCCUGGGCUGCUCUCCACCGGCCCUGUGCCACCACAGCCACCGCUGCUUUAGCGUCAUCAACCAGGGUCCCAGCCGCUUCCACAGGGUUGCUGUGGAGGUCCACCGCAGGCUUAAAGCAAAAGAAGGUGUCUCUGCUGAACCCACCUCAGAGAACUUCUGUGGAGGUUUCAGAGCAGCACGCACCUUUAUCACAAAGGCUGUCCACAAAGACUCACACACCAAGAAGCUCAUCAACAAUGCCAUCAUAAACAAUGACUUUCUGAAGAAGCUGGAGCCACAGCACAUGAGGGAGAUGGUGGACUGUAUGUAUGAGAAGGUUUACACUGAGGGACAGCUGGUCAUUCACGAGGGGGAACCUGGAAACUACCUCUACGUACUGGCAGAGGGCUUGCUGGAGGUCAUCCAGAAUGGAAAGCUGCUGGGGGAGAUGCGUCCUGGCACAGCGUUUGGAGAACUGGCCAUAUUGUACAAUUGUAAAAGAACAGCCACUGUUAAAGCUGUGUCCCAUUCUCACAUCUGGGCACUGGACCGCCAGACCUUCCAGACCAUCAUGAUGCAGACCAUGCAGGCCAGACAUGAGGAAUACUUCAGCUUUCUGCGCAGUGUGUCUCUGCUCCAUGAACUGCCGGAGGAGAAACUAGCCAAGAUUGUAGAUUGUCUUGAAGUGGACUAUUUUGAAAAAGGAGAGUAUAUUAUUCGAGAGGGUGAAGAGGGGAACACUUUCUUUAUUAUUGCAAAAGGAGAGGUCAUUGUCACUCAGAGCACAGAGGGGUUUGCUGAACCUCAGAAAAUCAAGACAUUGGGAGUUGGAGACUACUUUGGAGAAAAAGCUCUCAUAAGUGAGGAUGUUCGCUCAGCCAACAUCAUUUGCAAUGAGAACGACACACAUUGCCUGGUGGUGGACAGAGACUAUUUCAACCAAAUGGUGGGAACUUAUGAGGAGCUUCAGGCUUACCUGAAGGAAUAUGUGGAAGAGCUUUCCAGGAGUGAUGAGAGAAGAAAUGCCCUGCCCCACUCACCUCAGACUGAAUCUGCAGAGGCACAGGAGCUGAGGAGGCUGAGAGAGAGGAUUGCUCUUCUGCCACCACAGCAGCCUUUCCAGGAACUUGAGGUCAUAGCUACACUGGGCAUGGGAGGGUUUGGAAGAGUGGAGCUGGUAAAGCUGCAGGACGAGGACACCACGUUUGCUCUGAAGUGCAUUAAGAAGAAGCACAUUGUGGACACCAGACAGCAGGAGCACAUCUACUCUGAGAAAAACAUCCUUCAGCAAACAAACUCAGUGUUUAUCAUAAGGUUAUUUCGAACAUUUCGGGAUAAUAAGUUUGUCUACAUGCUGCUGGAAGCGUGUCUUGGUGGGGAGCUGUGGACUGUGCUGCGGGACAUGAGUUAUUUUGAUGAGCCCACUGCCAGGUUCUGUACUGGUUGUGUAUUAGAAGCUUUUGAUUACCUCCACACUAUGGGCAUUGUCUACAGAGACCUGAAACCUGAAAACCUUCUACUGGAUGCUGAGGGUUAUGUCAAAAUGGCAGACUUUGGCUUUGCUAAAAAGAUUGGCCUCGGAAAGAAGACCUGGACAUUCUGUGGGACUCCAGAGUAUGUGGCCCCAGAGGUCAUCAUGAACAAAGGCCAUGACUUUGGAGCUGAUUGCUGGUCCUUGGGUAUCCUCAUAUUUGAACUUCUCACUGGCAACCCACCCUUUGCUGGCCCAGACCCCAUAAAGAUUUACACCAUGGUCCUCCAUGGAAUUGAGAAGGUGGACUUCCCCAAGAGUAUAGGCAAGCGUCCAGACGACCUCAUCAGGAGACUCUGCAAGCUAAACCCAGUUGAGAGGCUGGGAAACAAAAAGAAUGGAAUCAUUGACAUCAAGAAACACAAGUGGUUCCGGGGCUUCAACUGGGAGGGUUUGAGGCGCCACAAGCUGCCAUCUCCACUGAGGAGAGAGCUGAAAGGGCCGAUGGAUCACAGUCACUUUGACAUGUUUCCCCCUGACACAGAGGAGGCUCCUGAUGAGCUGUCUGGCUGGGAUAAAGACUUCUGA